GAACUCCGAGGCUGCAGAUGCGUCGACACUGGCUUAAUUCAGCUUAGAAACCUAGUCCAAUUACCAUGCAGACAGGAGGAGAAAUCCCUCCGUGUUCACCGCCGAGCAACUGAAGACCGUGGAGCUCUUUCCUCAUGACAGCAGGACUGGAGAUGCGAGCGUCGCUCUCGUGGGCUCUGUCUUCAGGGCGAGAUAGCUAGACUUUUCUAAAUGUAUCUGUAAGCCUUUUGUUAUUCUUCCACCAAAAAGCUGCGAGUGGGAUUUCCUUCUUUAGAUUAGACUUUUCUCCAGCUGGCUUCUUAUCAUGGAGAUGCACACGAACGUCUUGCUAGUCACUGCAAACGUUGGAUCACUGUUUGACAAUGUGGGUGAGAUUGAAGGAGACUGGCUGCGAGAGUUCUUCAUGAUGGUGCACAUGCAUAAGCCACGCUUCGUCGCCCUGCACUUUCAGGAAGUUGGUGGAAAGGACUAUAUGGUGAACAUGGGCCACGCAGAGAACUUUUUCUGGACCAUAGAGUCCAGCUCUGAGAUGGAUGACUUCGACAGAGUCUGUGUCUAUGUAGACAGUAAUUUCAGGGCUGUUGACAGUUUCACGGCUCUGGGAAGCAUGUAUUUCAUCCACAAGUCACUGAAAAAUAUCCAACAAUAUGACUUCAAUGUGAAGGAGUUUAAAGCCGUCUCAGGCCAUAACAAGUACGUGGGCUCGCUGGAAGGAGUGACUACCAUAGAAAAAGAGAAAUUCUCUAAGAACUUUUGGCCUGAUUUCAAGUGGUCCAGAAAAGGCUACAUGAGGACACGGUGGCUCAUUCACAACCAGGGUUUAGACCUGGUAAACGUUCACCUGUUUCACGACGCCUCCAACCUCAUAGCCUGCAACUCUAGUCCGUCAGUGUAUUCUGCAAACCGAAAGAAAGCUCUCAGAUACGUCAUCAACAGGAUAUCAGAUAGCAGCUACAGUCCUCUCCCCUUCUUCCUGUUUGGGGAUUUCAAUUUCCGCCUUGACACACUUAGUCUAGUACAGAACCUCUCCAUGUCGGCUGAUAUCCUGACGGUAAAAAAAGACUGCAGCAACGAGGUAGAAAAAAUCAUUUGUGAGGAGAAAGACAAUGACCACAAGGUCCUCCUUCAUAUAGAGACCAAGCUUUUUGCUUACUUGCACCAGGCCGUAUUCAGAGAAAACGACGGAAAAGAGCUGCUGAAGUACGAUAAGGAGAUCUCUGCAUUCCACGACGUCAUCACAGAGGAGGAGAUCCACUUUCCUCCCAGUUAUCCAUACAGUGAAGACUACACUAAACCUACACAGUACAUGAACACGCGAUGCCCGGCAUGGUGCGACCGCAUCCUAAUGUCCCACAGCGCCAGAGACAUCAUCCACCGGAGGGAGGAGGGUGAGAGUGGUGUUGUUUAUAACACACUGGGCUCCAACGUCUGCAUGGGAGACCACAAGCCGGUUUUCCUGUUUUUUCCAAUGAAGACAAUUACACAUUGACACACAAUACUGGAAGAGUCAGGGGGUGAGGCAUCCUGUGUUUUU